AUGAAUUUUAAAUGCCCUUUUUGUUCUCGUACAUUUAGUAAACGCUCAGCAUAUGCUCAACAUAUUUUAGUAUGCCCAAAAAAUAAUGUAAAUCCUAUUGAUAAUAAAAGUGAUAGCGAAACUUCUAUUAAUGCAAUACAAGACGUUAAUCAAAAUAAUGAAGGAGAUAUUUCUCACGAUGAGAUGGAAUAUGAGAGUUAUCAAGAUGCAUCAUUUAAUAGUGUUCAAAGUACAUUUUCAGUAAUGAGCUAUGAAGAUAUAUUAGAAUGUGAAGAAUCUGAAAAACCUGAACAGUCUGUCAAGGAACCUGAAAAGUCUGGAGAAUCUGCUGAAGAAUCUGAGGAAUCUGGAAAAUCUGCUAAAGGAUCUGAAGAAUCUGCUGAAGAAUCUGCUGAAGAAUCUGAGGAAUCUGAAGAAUCUGCCAAAGUAUUUGAAAAUUCUGAAGAAUCUGAAGAAUCUGCCAGAGAAAAGGAAUUGGAAUCUUCCAAAAAAUCUGAAGAAACUUAUACAGAAUUUCCAAAUGAAGUUUAUAAAGAUCUAAUGAUAUUAGUUACAAAACACAAAUUGAAUAAUAAAGCUAGUAAUGCAAUUAUAAAUUUUUUUAAUAAAUAUUCAACUCUUUCAAAAUCUCCUUUACCUAAAAAUAUUGAAAAGGGACGAGUAUUUAUGAAUAAAAUGAAAUUUUCUAAUUUAACAUUUAAAAGAAUUCUUAUAACAACUUAUAAUAAUAAAGAAUAUUUUCUUCAUUAUCAAGAUUUAUUGAAUUGCAUUAAAAAUAUUUUGGAAAUUCCUGAUAUAAUGCAAGAUUUUGCACUAUCAUUUGAAGAUUGCAAGUAUUAUAAAUUUAUUAAUAUAUUACUUAUUUUUACUAUUAAUGUAUUAGGAAAAAAUCAAUUACAUCCAAUAUAUGUAUCAAUAGGUAAUAUUCCAACAUGGCGUCGUAAUAAACCAGAUGCCAAACAACUUUUGGGUUAUUUGCCAAUAUUAGAAGCAGCUAAUAAUUCUGAAAAAAAAUCACCUACUUUUAAAAUCUUAGUUCGGGAAACUUUUUACAAAUCUUUACAACAUUUAUUAGAAUUAAUGAAUAUAAAAGAUGGUAUAGAAUUAUUAGUAAAAAAUGAAAAAAUAUGGUUUUAUCCUCGUAUUUCUAUUAUAAUAGCAGAUUGGCCAGAAGUAGCUACAUUUUGUUUAACUUAUAAGUCUUCUAAUUCAAAAUUUCCUUGUCAUUUUUGCAUGGUUGCAAGAGAUAAUCUUGCUAAUAUAAAUUUAUUGCCUAGUGAUGUAAAAUUAAGAACUCAUGAAGAAAUGUUUAAACAUUUUAGUGAAAAUACUGAAAAAACUAUUUGUAUAGAAUCUGUACCUAAUUUCUUUUGGAAAAUACCAAAUAUAAAUAUUUAUUUAGCAACAGUACCUGAUAGAAUGCAUCAUUUAGAUCUGGGUUUAUUUCGUUAUCAAAUUGAAUUUACAUAUGAUCUUUUGAAAUUGCAGCACAAUAAUAAAUUAAUUGAUGAAUUAGAUUGUCGUAUUGCUGCAAUUCCUCGUUAUCCUGGUCUAAAGAUUUUUUCUAAUGGAUUACAAUCAAUUUCAAGAUUUACUGCUGAUGAAUAUAGAAAUCUGAUGAAAAUUAUGGUAUUUGUGGUAGAUAAUUUAUAUAGUAGUAAUACAAAUAAUAAUAUAACAAACAAUUUUUUAAAUAAUAAUGAUGUUGUAAAAUUAUAUCAAAAUUGGAAUGAAAUGUAUAUUUUAAGUAGAUCUGAAAAAUUUAGUGAAAAUGAUUUAAUAAAAUUUAAGGCACAAAGAUUUAUUCAAGCUUUUAAAUUUAUUUCUUCUUCACAAUUAAAAUUACCUAAAUUACAUUUGUGGUUAUAUCAUAUUAUUGAUUCAAUACAAUUAUAUGGAGUAAUAAAUGGAUAUACAACAGAAACUUAUGAAAGUUUGCACAAAAAUUUUGUUAAAAUACCAUAUCGUAUUAGUAAUAAAAAAAAUAUUGAAUCACAACUUUUACAAACAAUAAGACGUCAAGCAAUAUCAUCUAUAUUUUCCCAACAAUCAGUAAUAACAAAAACACCAUAUAUGUAUAGAUUUUCUACAAAGCUUUUUGAAUUUUCUUUAAAAAAUGCAAAUUUAUUUUUUAAUGAAAAAAAAGGCAGUGUAGAUAGUAAAAUGCAAAUUGGUUUUAGUAAAUUUCUAGAAUGUUUAGAUUUGUAUUUGGAUUUACUUAAUGAUCCUAAAAUAGACAAUAGUCAAGUAAAAAUAUUUGGAUCAGUUACAAUAGAAAAUGGCACUAUAACUUUAUUAUUAGCAGAAAUAUUAAUAGAAAAAGAAAGUUUACCAUUAAGUUUGGCAUCAAUUCAAUGGUAUGAUUUUAAAUCUCAAACACAUCCAUAUUUAUAUGGAUGUCCCCAUUUGAAAUUAAAAGAAUUAUUUAAUUUUGUAAUUAUAGAAGCUAUACAAGAAUUUGUAAGAGUUAAAAUUUUAUAA